AUGAAGGUAGACUGCAGCCUCAAGUCCGAACUCUUCCGCAUGAUGCUCAAGGAAACGGCUGCACGAAUGGCGAAAUUCGAGCAAGCCCCGGACAGCAUUGCAGCAGCGGAGAAGGCCAGCUGGGUCACAACUCAGCCCAUGACGUGGCUCUACCAGAAGUGGGACCCGGAUGCACACCUUCUCAUCCUCGAUCCAAGCCGUCAGGGUAUCGCACAUCAGGAAGUCAAGGCCCUGCUGGAGUCCAUGAGCGAGGCAUUGAAGCAAGAUCCGGCGGCCCUCAAUCAGUUCACGCCAAAGAGGAAGCUGGUAGAGACCAUGAGUGGAGCCUCUGUGGCGUUCAAGGUGACGGUGGGAUUUCGGAGCACCCAGUGCCAGAUCCUGUACGAUGCCUUUCCGAAGCUGGCAGGGCUAUAA